UGGAUUCCAAAAUGGAUAAACGAAAAAAAUUUCGUUCUUUACGUUCCAAUUCCAACGAGCAAGUUUUAACCAUUGAUGAAAGUAUUAAUGAAGCUUGGCGCUUUACCGGUAGUGGUAAACGAAUCCAUUAUGCAAAAAAUUCUAAGCUACUCAAUAAUGCUACUACCGAAGUUGAAAGAUUACAGAAGCAACAUUGGUUCUUUAAACGUAUCUGGCAAAGUAAUUAUUCGGCUCCUGUUGAAGAAAAAUUAAAGGCUGGUGGUGCCAAAGUUCUUGAUAUUGGUUGUGGUUCUGGUACUUGGAUAAUCGAAAUGGCUGAAAUGUAUGAACAAUCCUUGUUCACCGGUGUAGAUUACUCUACUAUAUUUUCUCAAGAAAUGGAACCCGCAAAUGUUAAAUUUCUUCAAACAAAUAUACUUGAUAAUCUUCCAUUUUUGGAUGAUACUUUUGAUUUUGUUCGCAUGGGAUUAUUAAUAACCGCUUUUACCGCCACUGAAUUAAAAGAAAAAGUUAUCCCCGAAAUUGUAAGGGUUACUAAACCAGGUGGUUGGAUAGAAUUCAUGGAAAGUGAUAUACAAUAUUUUAAUGAAGGUCCUACAACUGUGCGAUUAUCAAAUGCACUCACCUCAUUCAUGAACUCCAAAGGAAUAUCGGAUCCACUAAAUUCAUAUAUUCCAAAAAUCAUGGAAGAUAACGAAAAAAUACAAAAAGGUAUCCAAACAGAAGAAAAGACGUGUUUCCUCGGAAAGUGGGCUGGUGACCUCGGUAAAAUGGCUGUAGAAGAUAUCGCCAACGGGUGGACUGCUAUUAAAGCACCAUUAUCUAAAGCAAUGAAACUGAAAUCUCAAGAAUACGAUGAAUUGGUUGCAACGUUUUCCAAAGAAGUCGAACAAAACAGAACUUCCUUCAAGACCUGGCGAUUUGUUGCUCAAAAGAUUGGUUCUACGUCGACAUCUGAUAUAAUCAUAACAACCACUGAUUAA